CCCGCUGAAGGCGCGGGCGAUCAUGGCUGCUGCGGCCGCGGCCGCGCCGCCCGCCCGCCGCUGAUGCCCGCGAUGGAGCCGGCCAGCCUGCUGCGGUUCCUGCGGAAGCUCAAGGAGGUUUUCGACGUGUGCGACGAGGAUGCGGACGGCUUCAUCCGCGUGGAGCACUUCGUCGCCCUGGGGCUGCAGUUCGGCCAAGGGGAUGAGGUGGAAAAACUGGCAAAGUACUUGGACCCAAAUGAUUUGGGAAGAAUCAAUUUUAAGGACUUCUGUCACGGAGUUUUUGCUAUCAAAGGCUGUGAAGACUUACUGAAAGAUGUCCUGUCUCCUGAAAACUCUGAGCCUCAACACUAUGAGCCACAGUAUGUUGAUUACUAUUACCAGGGGGGUGAAAUCCAGGACUGCGCCUACUUGGACAGCGAAAGCGCCUUCAGCGAGUCGGAGCUGUUCCCUGAUGAGGACGGGAUGACUCUGGCCCAGCAGGAGGUUCACCAUGAGUCUGACAUGGACAGUGCCAUCGAGAGUGCCCAGAGCUCGGAGGCCUCUGACGUCUGCCAGGACAAGGACGGUGUCCUGGGGGGCCUCUUCCUGCCCGGGGACAAGUCAAGUCCUCACAACCCUUCUGCAGCAUCUGACCUCUCCACUUACUCUACCGCCUCUCUGAUCAGUAAUGAAGAACAGUUUGAAGAUUAUGGGGAAGGAGAUGAUGUGGAUUUUACUCCCAGUAGCCCCUGCCCUGAUGAUGAGACCAGAACCAACGCCUACUCUGACCUUGGCUCAUCUGUAUCUUCCAGCGCUGGCCAAACCCCCCGAAAAAUGAGGCAUGUUUAUAACAGCGAGUUGCUGGAUGUUUACUGCUCACAGUGCUGCAAAAAGAUAAAUCUCCUCAACGAUUUGGAAGCCAGGCUGAAAAACUUGAAAGCAAACAGCCCUAACAGGAAAAUAUCAAGCACAGCUUUUGGAAGACAACUCUUCCACAACAGUAACUUCAGCAGCAGUAAUGGCAGCACAGAAGACUUGUUCAGAGACAGUAUAGACUCCUGUGACAACGAUAUCACUGAGAAGGUAACGUACCUAGAGAAGAAGGUGACAGAACUGGAGAAUGACAGCCUGACAAACGGUGACCUGAAGAGCAAACUGAAACAAGAGAACACACAGCUAGUGCACAGAGUUCACGAACUAGAGGAACUAUUGAAAGACCAAGAAACAUCAGCAGAACAGACCCUGGAAGACGAGAUAAAGAGACACAGAGAAGCUUACAGCAAGUAUGAAAAAGAGAAGGGCACUGAAAUUGAACUGCUGAAUACAAGGGUUCAGCAACUGGAAGAGGAAAACGGUGACCUGAAAAGCACUGUCACACGGCUGAAAUCCCAGACGGAGAGAUUGGAUGAGGAAAGGCAGCGCAUGUCAGACAGGUUGGAAGACACGAGCCUGAGACUGAAGGAUGAGAUGGAUUUGUACAAGAGAAUGAUGGACAAGCUGCGGCAGAACAGGCUGGAAUUCAACAAGGAGAGGGAAGCCACACAGGAGCUCAUCGAAGACCUGCGGAAGGAACUGGAGCACCUGCAGCUGUACAAGCUGGAAUGUGAACGUCCUGGGCGUGGGAGAAGCUCCUCGUCCAGCCUGAGUGAGUUCAACGCCAAGACCAGGGAGGUGGAGAUGGAGCACGAGAUCAAGCGGCUGAAGCAGGAGAAUCAGAAACUUCGUGACCAAAACGAUGACCUGAAUGGACAGAUCCUAAGCCUCAGUCUUUAUGAAGCUAAAAAUCUCUUUGCAACGCAAACAAAAGCCCAGUCACUGGCUGCUGAAAUUGAUUCUGCAUCAAGAGAUGAGCUCAUGGAAGCCCUCAAAGAGCAGGAAGAGAUAAACUACAGAUUGCGACAGUAUAUGGACAAGAUCAUUCUGGCAAUCCUGGACCACAACCCAUCCAUCUUGGAAAUAAAGAAUUGAAGAGAGUAGGAGAAGGAAAAAGCAGCAACUGCCUGAUAUUUCUGCACAUGCCACUGGAUCUAAACAACACUCUGAUACUGUAAAUUAAUCUAUAAAUAUAUAUAUAUAUAUACACUACGUGUGAGUGUGGGUGCGCGGGUGUGUUUAUAUGAUGUUUGGUACACUGUUAUUUGUCAUUGAAUUGGCUUGGUUAGACUUUUUCCAUGCACUUUCAAUACCUGUGAUAAGAUGGAUACUGUAUAUUAAUGUAAUAACAAUAUAACUGGAUCAUGCUGUUUUAGAUACUGGACAAAAUGACUCUACCUCUAGUUGUAAAGGUAAAAAAAGACAAUGGAAACAUAUGGAUGUGGCCCUAACUUUAGGAGCAAGAAUCUUUUUCUUCGUUCUUCCAGGAAUUUGGGUACCACAAACCAAUUGGCAUACCCAGGUUCAGUUCCUGACUGGUGCUGACUGUGUAAUUUACUAUUUGAUUAAGUUUUAGUAGUUCAACCACACAUCGGGUUAAAAAAAAACAAA